AUGAUUGAAACACCUAAUGUAUUUUCGUACUUUCUUGAUAUUGGAAUUAAUGGAAUUAAUGGUUUCAUCCUAGAUACCAAGAUUCAUGAUUUGAUUGUGAAUUGGAAGAAGUCAAAACAAGGUCUAUCAUUCGAUAACCUCAAGCUCUAUUCUUUGUUAGACUUGUCAAUGAAUCAACUUUCUGGUGAAAUUCCAGCUUCAUUAGGAAGUUUGAAUGCACUAAAGCUUCUCAACAUCUCAUUUAACAACCUCUACGGUAGGUUACCAACAUGUCUUGGUUAUUUAGAGAAUCUAGAGAGUUUGGACUUAUCACACAACAAUUUAUCAGGCUCAAUUCCACAAUCACUAGCAAAAUUACAACAGCGGACUAUUUUGGAUGUCAAUAACAACAAGCUUUCAGGUAAAAUUCCUGUUGGUAGCAAAAUGGAUACAAUGGAUGAUCCAAGUUCUUAUACCAAUAACAGUGAGUUGUGCGGAAUGCAAAUUCAAGUGCCAUGUCCAGAAGACCUGUCACCAACAAAACCACCAAGAGUUGAAAAAAAGGAAGCAUGGUUCUCAUGGGAAGGAAUGGGAAUUGGAUAUGUAAUUGGCUUCUUUGUAACAGUGGGAAUUCUGUAUCUUACUAAUAGUUUUCUCCCUACAAAACCUCCAAAUUACCUCCAUCAACAAAGAAGGCGAAGGAUAUAA